GAUUCCAGAUAUAAAUAGUGAAGGAGACGGUGCAGGGGACCACACCAGGACGGGGGUGCCAGGAGACGCUGGGGCAUGAUGAAGGGCUUCUCCCUGUGGUGCAGCCUCCCCCUGCUGCUGCACGCUGCGGUGACUGCAGACCCUGCAGAUUCUCAGUCAACCUCACCGCCAGCAGCUUCCACCCUCAAGACAGAGGGCACCAUUUUGACGACCAACAUCAUCACCACCCUCCAGUUGAAGAGCAACAGCUCUGCUGAGGGCACUCCCUCCUCUGCUAUGCCAACAACCCUCACAAGCAGCACAGACAUGGGCCCCACCAGCACAGGAACCCCCAGCACACCCAGUGUAAUGCAGAACCCCACAGACAGAGCCACCACCAGCUGUACCACAGGACCAAGUACCAAGACUCAAGCUGCCUUGGGGGGAGGUACUUGCAUCCUGAUCCCCAGCAGCCUCCUUCUGGGCCUUUUACUCUGCAUCUUGCUGACUAACAUGAAGCACUUGGGGUAACCCCUCAUGCCACCAUCGAUACUGCCCUGCCAGCUGUGGCAUGCUCCAGAGCCUCUGAGCAAAGCUGAAGGCAUCCCUCACUGCUCCUGAACCUCUGAGCUACGCUAAAGGCAUCCCUCACUGCUCCUGAACCUCUGAGCUGUGAUAUAGGUAUCCCUUACCUGCUCUCAGCACCGCACUUCUUUAAAGUUGAUGGUUUCGUGGUGAUUUAUCACCCCCAUCCCCCACCUUAACUUCAGCAGUCCGCACUUCCGCUUAUUUUUAGUGCACGUUCGUACACUUUUGUCGAGUCCCUCACUGUACAGUGCCAGUGGCUGACCAUGCAGCUGGCAGUGUGCUGACCAUCCUGCGGUUUAUGUGGCGAUGUCGUGGUGACAUGGGGGCCCGCCUUCAUUGUCAGCUGUCCUGUGCAUCCUCAUGUAAUUUGGGGCUUGUGGUGAUGGUUUGACUUAAUUUAGGUUCCAUUUGCGUCUGGAACGAUGAGGUUUGCUGGGCAGGAGCAGGACACAAAGCACCAAGAUGGCAUCUGUCUGUGAUCUGUGACUUAAACAAGAAAGGUCUUUGUAAUAUAAAUACUCACAACUGUACGAGAUACAUGCAUUUUCCUGCUGUAAAAUGUCAAAGCAUUUUUUAAAUAAACCAUAUUCAAAUCUA